AUGAAAACACAACUGAACCCUCGUCUUUGCAUCCGAUCGAGUGAUCGGCUUGUUUUCAGUAAUCAUCAAAACUUGUAUCAAGUAGAUCCCUAUGCGGUUAAAUUUGAUUCAUGCUCGGAAAAUAUUAUCUAUGAUUAUACUCGUGCGAUUGCAGAGGAGAAUGUAAUUAUGAUCGCGAACUCGUUCACUAAAUUUUAUCUGGUUCAUCAUGAUAUGAAAAUUACAGAAUUUGACUUACCCAGUCGAUCUAUUCGAGAAAUUGAUGACAUCAAACAAUUAGGUCUUACCAUCAAAUUUAUGGAUUGUGGAGAAAAUACUGUUUGGGUUGUCACAGAUUGUAAUAGACUCUUUAACUUUGGAGAGGACAUAUUCAGUCAACUCGGAAAAAGUAAAGCAAAACACAAAAUAUUCCAAGAAGUAGAUAAUGCCUUCAUUCCAGAGCAUGGAAUAAUUACCCAUUUCUCUUGUGGAAGAUAUCACACCUGUCUUGCAAUUAAUGAAAAGCAGGUAUUUGGAAUUGGUUAUUCAUCUUUUUAUCAAACGGGUCUGAGAGCAACACGAGAUGCUUCCAACUUUGAGAAAUCAUAUUUCUUGAUCAACGAUCAGCAUGGAGUCAAACAACAUGUGCAAGAAUUUCCACACAAAAUCAAAAAGUUGACAUGCAGCCGAUAUUUCACAGCAUUUGUUUCCAAUACAAAUGAGUUUUGGGUCACAGGUUCAGCAGAGAAUAAUCAAACAUUUACUAACAAGACAUGUGAAUGCUUCACCAAAAUCUUGUUUGACAAUAUUAUUGAUGCAUUUCCAGCAAAAAAUGGCUACCAUACCCACGUCAUUACGUCUGCUCAACAGAUACAAGCACCAGGGCCUUUUGCAGUUGUCAGUUCUGGUUGGAAUGAUAAUAAUCAAUGUGGAGUCAAGUAUAAGGAUUCGUCCUCAUAUGGUUUUAUGGAUUUACCCAUUCUUGAACAACAUGACCCAAGAGUAGCGAAUAUUCAACUCUUUCCCGUCUUCACCCGAAGUUAUUUAAGAUAUGAAAAUUUAUUAUUUGGGACAUGCAAAGCAGAGAGCGCUAAAACUUUUUAUUCUGUUGAGCUUCCCUUUCAUUUGUCUCCAACCGAUCGCUUAGUUGUGUCUGGAGGGAACAAUUUCACAUUAUUCUUUGCGACUGCAUCUACAACACGUACCCUUGAAUACUUUCUAAAUAACUUGAAGAAUGUUAAAUCGGCAUUUGCCGAUGUGACUUUCUAUUUAAACGGUCGUUCCAUGUUUUAA